AUGAGUAAAAAGCCCCCAAAUCGUCCUGGAAUCACUUUUGAGAUUGGUGCUCGUUUGGAGGCACUGGACUACUUACAAAAAUGGUAUCCAUCACGAAUUGAAAAAAUAGACUAUGAGGAGGGCAAGAUGUUGGUUCACUUUGAGCGAUGGAGCCAUCGUUACGAUGAGUGGAUUUACUGGGAUAGUAAUAGGUUGCGACCCCUGGAGAGACCAGCACUAAGGAAAGAAGGGCUCAGAGAUGAAGAUGAUUUCUUUGAUUUUAAAGCCGGGGAGGAAGUUCUGGCUCGCUGGACAGACUGUCGCUAUUACCCCGCCAAGAUUGAAGCAAUUAACAAAGAAGGAACAUUCACAGUUCAAUUUUAUGAUGGAGUAAUUCGUUGUUUAAAAAGAAUGCACAUUAAAGCCAUGCCCGAGGAUGCUAAGGGGCAGGUGAAACCUCAGCAUCCACUAAGCUGGUGUUGUCCUAUCGACCCAGCUGGAUCGUGUAACCAGUCUAUGGGAAGUGAGGAUUGGAUAGCUUUAGUUAAAGCAGCUGCUGCAGCUGCAGCCAAGAAUAAAGCAGGAGGUAAACCUCGAACCAGCGCUAACAGCAAUAAAGAUAAAGAUGAGAGAAAAUGGUUUAAAGUACCUUCAAAGAAGGAAGAAACUCCACCUUCUACAGCCACACCAGGGGUUGAAAAAAAGGAAGAUCUGCCUACGUCUAGUGAGACAUUUGGACUUCAUGUAGACAACGUUCCAAAGAUGGUCUUUCCACAGCCAGAGUGCACGUUACCAAACAAGAGGAAAAAUAAUCAAGGCAACUCAUUUCAGGCAAAGAGAGCGCGACUUAACAAGAUUACUGGUUUAUUGGCAUCCAAAGCUGUUGGGGUGGAUGGUGCUGAAAAAAAGGAAGACUGCAGUGAAACGGCUCCAAUGCUGGAGCAGGCGAUUUCACCUAAACCUCAAAGUCAGAAAAAAAAUGAAGCUGACAUUAGCAGUUCUGCCAACACUCAGAAACCUGCACUGUUAUCCUCAACUUUGUCUUCAGGGAAGGCUCGCAGCAAGAAAUGCAAACAUGAAUCUGGAGAUUCUUCUGGGUGUCUAAAACCCCCUAAAUCACCACUUUCCCCAGAGUUAAUACAAGUCGAGGAUUUGACGCUUGUAUCUCAGCUUUCUUCUUCAGUGAUUAAUAAAACUAGUCCUCCACAGCCCGUGAAUCCCCCUAGACCAUUCAAGUCUAGUGAGCGGAGAAGAAGGUCUCAGCGUUUGGCCACCUUGCCCAUGCCUGAUGACUCUGUAGAAAAGGCCUCUUCUCCCUCUCCAGCCACUGAUGGGAAAGUAUUCUCCAUCAGUUCUCAAAAUCCACAAGAGUCGGCAGGCCCAGAGGUGCCUGAUGUUGCACAUCUGUCACUUGAGAAGCUGGGAUCGUGUCUCCCGCUUGAUUUAAGUCGUGGCUCAGAAGUUACAGUACCGGUGGUUCCCAACCCUUCUUACCAUAAUGAAUUCCCCAGAGUGGAAAAGGAAGACCUGCAGAUGCUUACGUACUCCUCCAAAGCAGGGACUGACGGAAGGGGAGCUCCAACAGCGUCAGGAAUAUUGAAAACAGAAAAAAAAGUGAAAUUGGAAGAAAAAAGCUCAACCACAUUUGGUAAGAGAAAAGAAAAGGAUAAGGAAAGAAAAGAGAAAAGAGACAAGGAUCACUACAAACCGAAACAGAAGAAGAAGAAGAAAAAAAAGAAAUCAAAGCAACAUGACUAUUCAGACUAUGAAGACAGUUCCUUAGAAUUUCUGGAAAGGUGCUCCUCUCCACUAACUCGAUCUUCUGGGAGUUCUCUGGCUCUGCGAAGCAUGUUUACAGAGAAAAAUACAACCUAUCAGUACCCGAGAGCAAUUUUGUCAGUUGAUCUUAGUGGUGAAAACUUGUCAGAUAUGGAAUUCCUAGAUGAUUCUUCAACAGAGAGUUUGCUUCUAAGUGGGGAUGAGUACCAUCAGGACUUUGAUUCCACCAAUUUUGAGGAAUCUCUGGAUGAAGAUAAUGCUGUUAACGAGAUUGUGAGAUGUAUUUGUGAAAUGGAUGAGGAGAACGGCUUCAUGAUUCAGUGUGAAGAGUGCCUGUGCUGGCAGCACAGCGUGUGCAUGGGGCUGCUGGAGGACAGCAUUCCGGAGCGGUACAUCUGCUACGUUUGCAGAGACCCCCCUGGGCAGAGGUGGAGUGCAAAAUACCGUUGUGAUAAAGACUGGCUGAAUAAUGGGAGAAUGUGUGGGCUGCCAUUUUUAAAAGAAAAUUACUCUCAUCUCAAUGCCAAAAAGAUCGUUUCCACCCAUCACCUGCUUGCUGAUGUCUAUGGUGUGACGGAAGUACUGCACGGCUUGCAGCUGAAGAUCGGAAUACUAAAGAAUAAACAUCAUCCUGACCUUCAUCUCUGGGCUUGUUCUGGGAAGCGAAAAGACCAAGAUCAAGGAAUUGCUGGGAUGGAGAAAAAACUGACAGUGCAAGGCAUGCUUCAUCUAGAAGAAAAGACUUGCCAUGCUCAGAACCAUAGGGAGCCCGCCCGUUUGCCCCCUUGGACGGAAGGCACUUACAUCACAAGUGAGCACAGCUACCAGAAGCCGCAGAGCUUCAGUCAGGACCGCAGGCCUCUGCCAGAGCCUGAGAGCUCGGAUGAUGACGAGGUCAGCAGCUUUGAGGAAGAGCAGGGAUUCCAUAUGAGGGAGAAGAGCCGCUUACAGUUCUCAGGAAAGGUGGAUGGAGUGUCAGAGAAGAAGCCAGCUGAAGGGAGUACGGGAUUUAUUUAUAGUGAUAGAAAGGGCUCCACAGACCCCGGAGACUCCCAUCUUCAGUGGCAGCUCAAUCUCCUCACACACAUCGAAAACGUGCAGAAUGAGGUUACCAGCAGGAUGGACCUAAUUGAAAAAGAAGUUGAUGUUCUAGAGAGCUGGCUUGAUUUCACAGGGGAGUUGGAGCCGCCAGAUCCUCUCGCAAGACUGCCACAGCUGAAACGCCACAUAAAACAGCUACUAAUUGACAUGGGCAAAGUACAGCAAAUAGCAACCCUGUGCUCUGUAUGA